GAGGCCUGUGGCGUGCCGGUCCGAGCUCAGCAACUGGGCAAUGUCGCACGCAGCUGAUGAGAGAGAGAUUAAGAUGUCACCCAUCACCGCUUCAGAACUCAUACGGAUCUAUGAUGCCCCAGUCAGAAAAGCAGGAGAGCCCACUCACAGUGUCGCCAAUGCUACAAGUAUGGUGAAAACAGAGGACCUGGCAUCCAUGGCGGACUGCUGGAGAGACGUGUUCGAGAGGGGACGCUUGAUUCCACCGGUCGGGCAGGCGCUGCGCCAGGCUGCGGACAGCCACCUGACUCAGUCUCACGGCGUUCAACUCACCCUCAGCCGGCUCACGGCGGCACAUCCACCGAAGGAGACCCCGGAGGCUGAAUCAGAUGUGACCUACCAGCUGCGAGUGACGUUCUUUGAUAGAAAUCACCAGUACUUCUUUGGGCGAACAUGGAAGAGCACCCCGCAGAAGAUGAAAAACAAUAAGAUGACCCUCAAUGAGAUCCUGUACUUCCAUACAUCUCUGCGGUUACCCAGCACCGUGUUGGUGUUAGAGCUGGUGGCAUUGUCAACGAGGUCAGACAGUUCACAACAGGCCCUGGGGCAAGGCUUCACAGUUUUGGAUCUUUUUCCCAACAAGAUGGAACCUCAAGGGGACAGACGACUGAAUCUACUUCAUGGGUCACCGAGAGUUCUUCUACACCCACUGCUCAAGGACGUUGUUGACUACAGUGCUCAUCUGAAAGCUAUUGAUGAAGCACAUGUGGAAUGUGUGCUAAAAGGUCACCCCGCACUGACUCCCAUGAUGCACCUCCUUCCAGAGAAUGUGCUUGUGUCCAGCAAUGAGAACAUUCCUGGGCUUGCUACUUCUCCAACAGGCGAUGGGCUUUCGAAACCUAUGCUGCUCAAGAUGCUGCCCUUCACCCUGAGCAGACUGACAAUCUGCUUGCAGCCGUCCCUCGAGGCCUUUGAGAGUCAGCUGCUGCAGCUGAUCAAUGCCGACUGCCAGAACACGCAACAGCCAAGUCAAGAGGGUUCACUGAAGACGGUUGUCAUCCAGGAAAGAAGGCUCCAUGUAGGGGUUCACAAUGGCUGGGGUUUCAUUGAUACGCCUCAAAUAAUGGUGUUGGAGCCCCUAGCCUCAGGGGUCAAAGGACGAGUGGACAGCGUCUCCAAACAGGGCACUCAGACCAAGGACAGCUCUGCAGCAUCAUCGGCCCCCCAGACUCUGGGCCUUCGCAGCAACUUGGAGCUCAGGCUGAUUGAUCAUCAGGCCGUAGCUGUCGUCUUCCAGCUGGAGUAUGUCUUCUCUGCUCCAAUUGGCCGAGAGACAAUGCUGUCUGCCACAUCAACAUCCCGGGCAGCCUUCCUGCAGUGCCUCCGUUGGGCGAUGUUGUGUCCGUUCCAGGAGCAGACGGACUGGAAGGGGGAAGAGACACAGCUGGUUUUGCAAGGGGGUUCAAAGCCAAACCCUUUAGGAGUCAUGGUCUACAACUCAGCCAUAACUCAGAGCGCUGCGCCACCCUCAACAUUGGGAACAAUUCAGGAUGUGAUCAAAUUUCGGCUGGCCCCCACUUUGGAUAGAACAACAUCCAGUCCAAAAACAUCUCUGAAAACAAAGCUAGAGGAUUCAUCACGUCAUGGCAGAUCGUCUUCGUCGCCAACUCAAAGUCAAAAUGACAUCCAAGCAGUUUCAUCUCCAGAAUCGCCACGGGGCCCCAAGCUCUCUCUGUCUCAGCUGACAGCUACUUCAUGCUACCCACCCAUCAGCCACUCCAGCUCAGGGUUACCGUGGCAACAGUCGUUUCCUUCUCUUCUCCAUUCUUCCCUAACGGCGCCAGCCCAACAGCCAUCACAUGUCGCAAUAUCUCCUUCCCUGUGCGCUCACAGACGCACAAAAAACAAACACGCUGAGCCCCACCCAGCUGUCAGCAGUAUCGCACACCUUGAGAUGGACCAUCAUCCAGUAAGGGAUGGGACACAUUCACCUAACCACGAAGAAGACCAACUUCAGGAGCUCCCGUUCAUGCCCGUCCAUGCACCUGUCAUCACUGUGGGCGUGACUGCACCAAGUUUGUCCACAGUCAGUUCCAGGAGCUCACUGGCCCACCUCUACUCUGCUGGCUUCCCCAACAUUGUGGACUUGAAAGGCCAGGUGGCAGACGUCUUAGACCCCACAGAGCCAGUGCCCUUUGAUCUGCACCGUGAAGAAAUAGAUCCUCUGCAAGAGAAUCUUUUGGUUUUCCAGUUCCUAGCAUUUACAAGAAUGCCAGUGGUGGGGAUCGGUCCUGAAUAUCCUCUCAACAUCUACUUCACCUUCCAGUUCUACCGUUUUCCACCUGUCACAUCGCAGCAACUUCGACUACUGAACAGUGACAGGGUGAAGCAGAAAGCAAGCGAGCUGCUUCCUUGUGUUCUAAGCUCCAUCAACAAUGACGGCACUCUCAACUCGGAGUCUCCAGGGCUGCAGGUGCAGUUCAGAGUCGAUGACAGUUUUCUGAAGCCAGGAGAGAAGCGUUGGUUCCUGCGGUACCUGGCCCUUCACACCAUGCAUGUUGACAUCUGGGACAGUGACUCAUUGCUGCUCAUAGGUUCAACAGCUCUCGAGCUCAAGUACAUGUUGCGGCAUGGUAAAACGGCAGUGCAAGCCCUCCACGAGGUGGAUGUUCUGACAACCGACUAUGUGGGAGAGGAAACCUUGCAGACUGGCAACGCCUCCAACAACCCCAUGGCGGUCCACACCAUCGUCAGGGGUCGGCUGCACGUACGCACUGGAAACAUUGGGUCCCCAGCAGAUCUGAGUAAGAGAAGGACAGCAGACCGCAUGCAGUCUCAUUCUCACAUCAUCAUCCCUCGUGAAAUCACCGGUGGCUUCACAGGGGGUAGCCUGUCUACCAGAAAUAUUCUCCAACUUAAUGUGAGGAACACUGCACAGGCCCAGAUACUGCAGGUAGAAGAGGAAUGUGGGCAACUGUACAUGGGCAGGAUCAACAACCAUGCCAUCUUUUCUGGGGAAAAGAAAAAACUUGACAGUGGCCGUCGCAAGCUGGAGCGUAUGGCCGCCGUGCAUCAGAAGGAGAGCAAGAAGGAAGGUUCUAAAACAACUUGUGUUAUGGAUGGGGCUAAAGAAGUUACUUUGACCAAACAACCUUUUUGGAGCACCUGCUAUGAAGAUAUCGACAAGGCAGAGGGCAUCAGCAACAUGCUUUCCCAUGCCAUCACCACCCCACAUCAACUCUUCACCAGCCUCGGCUCUGCUGAGUACAUGGAAUUUGUCCUUAAAAACCCUUUCAACUCGCCUCAGACAGUCACCAUCCACAGCAGUGAUCCUGAGCUCAGUGUUAUUACCAACACCGAAGAGUGGCAGUAUUUUAAAGAACUUACUCAAACACCUACAUCGCUGGAAAAGGACAUGUUCCACUUGGAGGAAGGAGCGCCAGGUCCAAAGGUUUACCUCCGACCCAAGGAGAGUGUUCAUAUUCCGCUCAAAUACCAGAGCUUCGUGUGUGACCACAACAUGACAACUCAGGGGCCGAGCGUUCUACCUCCAAGCAAAAGUUCUAAUGUGGCUAAGAAGAUUCUGUCCAAUAUUGCUGCUGCCAAAACCAUCAAGGUUUCAUUCAAAGCAGAAAAUGGUGAUCCGAUAGCCAUCUGCCAGGCGAUCGUGGAGCCAUCACCUCACAUUGUCGACCAAACUUUCCGACUUUAUCAUCUAGAACUCAGUUUCCUCAAGAAGGCUAUCCGCUUGCCACCCUGGCACACACGCUCAGCAGUUGGCGGCUCGGAUACCAAGACUCACAUUUCUGUACGCUGCAGUGACCCAAACAUCAUCUGUCAGACCCGGAUGCUGAAGCCAGGAGAGCCUCAGGAUGUCUACUUGAAAAUACCCGGAGGUCCGAGUCCCAAUAUCAAAAUGUUCUUUGUGAUGGUUUUCACUGAUAAGUGGAUGGCUGCCCCCUCGCAGAUCUGGCAGAUGUACGUGCAUUUCAUGGAGCGGGUGGAUGUCAGCUGUAUCACUGGCCAACGGAGCUGUCAAUCAGUGGUGUUGAGGGGGAGGCAGGCUCCUCGCAAGGUCAAGUGUUUCUCAUCACACCCCCAGGAGAUUGAGGUCAACCCUGGAGGUGUUUUCAUGUUGCCCCCCGCAGGAGUGCAAGAGCUCCAGCUGAAGGUGCAGCCAUGGCGGGUAGGCACUCGCUUCCUGUAUGUGAAUGCAGUGGACGUGGAGCAGCGGCAGUUAGUCACCGCUUGGCUACUGUGCCUCAAUGUCCACCGACCUGUGCUAUCGAAGGCAUUUGAAGUGUGUGUCCCAGUUAGUGGUCGCGGAAGCUCCAAAAAAAUCACCUACGUCAACCCUUACACCAGCAGCCGCACCUUCCUACUUCGCUCUGACCAUCCGGAUUUGCUCCAAUUCAAAGAGGAUAAAUUCCAGCUCGACGGGGGCGAGAGUUACACCAUCGGACUGCGCUUUGCCCCCAGCCUGAGUCCAGGCUCGGUGGAGAUCCUGGUCUACGUGAACAACCUGGAGGAGAAGACUGAGGAGACGUUCUUUGUGAAGGUCACUUACUCAUGAAUCAGUGGCUGUGAUAUGUGUGCUUGAAUUUUUCUACCUAAAAUAUAUCAUUUUGUACUUGAUUAAUAAACAGUCUAUAAGUGUGUUUUUUUUAAUUGUAUUUUUAAAGAGUGACAUUUAUUUUUGUUCUGAUCGAACAAGCUUUCCAGAAAUAAAUCAAACCCUGACAAACACAACUUAAUCAUUUUAGCUGCACUGUCUUUGUCCCCGGCUUAGCAUUUUUCCUCGUUUGAGGUGUCCAGCCAAUGUUCAUGACAGUUCAUCCCCAACCAUCAGGAAGUGCACUGGGGGUGAAAGCAAUAACAUUUUAUCGACUUUAAUUACCCGGCAAAACCUCUUCAAUGCCACUUUAUGGGCAGGUUUUAAUCUC